AAACGGCGAAUUGACAAGACGUGCGCGCGGACUAAACAAUACCAAACCAGUUGAAUCGCCAAACCGCUAACAACAAAUAUAUAAAACGCCGUGCAAAAACAAGAAAGAAUCAACCGAGCCAUUGAGUAAAACCAGCUAAAGCCGAAGAAGAAGAAGCCGCCGCCGUAAUCCAGGCUGGGGAUAUUCUAGAUAUAUAUUUUUGUUAGUGCCAGGACAUCAACGUAAAUCAUUCACGCUGGAUUUGGGAUACUACGAGGCUGUCAAAGCAUCACAAUAUGAGCCGGGAGGCUACUCCGCGCUCCAGACGCCGACGCCCUCCAAUCGCAACUCCGCCAACAUGACGCAGCGGGAUGGCAUCAUCAAGUUUGAGAAUGAGCGGAUCAAGACGCUGCAGGAGGAGCGUCUGCACAUCCAGAAGAAGACAUUCACAAAAUGGAUGAACUCCUUUCUCAUCAAGGCCAAAAUGGAGGUCGAAGACCUAUUCACAGACCUGGCCGAUGGCAUCAAGCUGCUGAAGCUGCUGGAGAUCAUAUCGUCGGAGAAACUGGGCAAGCCGAACAGCGGACGUAUGCGCGUCCAUAAAAUCGAAAAUGUCAACAAGAGUCUGGCAUUCUUGCACACCAAGGUUCGCUUGGAGUCCAUUGGUGCUGAGGACAUUGUCGAUGGCAAUCCCCGUCUCAUUCUGGGUCUCAUCUGGACCAUCAUUCUGCGGUUUCAGAUUCAGGAAAUUGAAAUCGAUGUGGAUGAGGAGAACGAGUCCAGCGAGAAGCGUUCCGCCAAAGAUGCGCUGUUGUUGUGGUGCCAGCGCAAGACGCAUGGCUAUCCGGGCGUCAACAUCACCGACUUUACCAACUCCUGGCGCUCUGGUUUGGGCUUCAAUGCCCUCAUCCAUUCGCACCGUCCCGAUCUGUUUGAGUACAGCACCAUUGUCAAUUCGAAGAAUUCUAACCUGGACAAUCUGAAUCAUGCCUUCGAUACGGCCGCCAAUGAAUUGGGCAUUCCCAGUCUGCUCGAUGCGGAGGACGUUGACUCGGCCCGGCCCGACGAAAAGUCGAUCUUGACCUAUGUGGCCUCCUACUAUCACACCUUUGCACGCAUGAAGAACGAACAGAAGAGCGGCAAGCGCAUAGCGAAUAUUGUGGGCCAGCUGAUGGAUGCCGAUCGCAAGAAGAUGCAGUAUGAGCGUCUGACCACAAACCUGCUGAGCUGGAUCCGCCAAAAGACACUGGAGCUGGAGCAGCGCGACCUGCCCAACUCGCUGGAGGGCAUCCAGCGGGAACUGUUGGCCUUCAAGGAGUACCGGACCAUUGAGAAGCCACCCAAGUACAAGGAGCGCAGCGAGAUCGAGGCUCUGUACUUCACCAUCAAUACCCUGCUGAAGGCUCUCAAUCAGCCGCCUUACAAUCCGCAGGAUGGGCAGCUGGUCAACGACAUUGAAAAGGCCUGGCAGAUCCUCGAGUACGCCGAGCAUCAUCGCGAGGUGGCCUUGCGAGAGGAGCUGUUGCGUCAGGAGAAGCUGGAACAGCUCAACUACAAGUUCGAAAAGAAAUCAGUGCUGCGUGAGGGCUAUCUGAAGGAGAUGAUUCAGGUCCUGUCCGAUCCACGCUACUUGCGCCAGGUGGAUGCCACUCUAAAGAAACACGAGGCCAUCUCGGCUGAUAUCCUGGCGCGUGUGGAGCGAUUCAAUGACCUGACUGCCAUGGCCGAGGAGCUGGAUAGGGAGAACUAUCAUGGCAAGGAGCGGGUAAAGCGUCGAGAGCAGGAGGUGAUGGCCAAGUGGCGACAGCUCCUAGAGCUGCUAGAGAACCAGCGUCUGAACCUCUCCCAGAUGAGCAACCUAAUGAACCUGCUGCGUGAGAUUGCCAGCACCACGGAGGCAGUGCGAGAUCUGCAGCAGCAGUUUGCCUCCGAGGAUGUGGGUCCCCAUCUCCUGGGCGUGGAGGAGCUCCUGCAGGCUCACUCCCUGCAAGAGCUGCAGGUGAACACCUACGGCGAGACCCUGAAGCGCUUCAAUCGCCAGGCGCUGCCCUACAAGAACUCCGAGCACAAGGAUGCAGCUCUGCUGGCCCAGAGGCUGGCGGAACUGGAGGAAGCCUACUCGGAGCUGCUGCGUCGCUCGGCAGCGAGGAGAGCUCGCCUGGAGGAGGCCCGCAACUUCCACCACUUCAUGGAGGACUACGACAACGAAGAGUCCUGGCUGGUGGACAAGCAGCGCAUCUGCAAGACCGGCAUAACGGCCAAGGAUCUGCGGGCAGUGCUCUCUCUGCAGCAGAAACACAAGGCCCUGGAGGAUGAAAUCAAGUCCCGCAAGCCCAAGUCUGGACAGAUGUCCGAGGCGGGCAAGCGCCUGAUUGGGGAAGAGCAUCCUCGCUCCUCUGAGAUCCAGAGCCGUAUUGAUUCUCUGGCGGAGCACUGGCAGGCCUUGGAGGCUCUGGUUGAGCUCCGGCGCAGGCAGCUGGAGGACGCCGCUGAGGCCUAUCAGUUCUACACGGAUGCCAACGAAGCCGAGUCCUGGCUGAACGAGAAGAUGGCUUUGGUCAACUCCCGUGACUAUGGAAAUGAUGAGCCAUCGGCUCAGGCUUUGCUGCAGCGCCAUCGGGAUCUGCAGGGCGAGCUGAAUGCCUACUCCGGGGACAUUCUCAACCUGAACCAGCAGGCGGAUAAGCUGAUCAAGGCGGGCAUUUGCACGCUGGAACUAUCCGCCGUGGAGCCGGAACUUCCAGAGGUGGAGCAGGAGGAGUGGGUCAACGAGACGCGUCUAGUGCCCAAGGAGGUGUGGGAGGACGAGUGGGUGGAGAAGCUGGAGCACAAGAAGGUCACCGAGACGAAGCUGCUGCCGCAUGUCAAGUCCCUGUUUCCCUUCGAGGGGCAGGGCAUGAAGAUGGACAAGGGCGAGGUAAUGCUGCUCAAGUCCAAGACCAACGAUGACUGGUGGUGCGUGCGCAAAGAUAACGGCCUCGAGGGCUUUGUUCCGGCCAACUACGUACGCGAGAUUGAGCCCCGACCAGUGGCCUGCAUUGUGCCCAAGGCGGAGAAGGUCAAGUCCCUCCAAAAGGUGAAGAAAACCAUCCUAGUGCGCCAGGUGGUACCCGUGAAGAGGAUCAAACCGGUAAGCGUGGCCCCCAAGCCCCUUGUCCAACGGCGAACCUCCACUCAAAGCAUCAACGAGAACGCCGACAGCGUGGAAAAGCGCCAGCAGAGAAUCAACCAGACUUACGAUGAGCUGCAGGAGAUGGCCCAGAAGCGCCAUGCUCUCCUAGAAGACUCGAUUCACCUGUUUGGCUUCUACCGCGAGUGCGACGAUUUCGAAAAGUGGAUGAAGGAGAAGGAGCGCAUGAUCAAGACAGACGAUGGCGAGGGUGUGGACAAUGCCAAGCGCAAGUUUGAGAAGUUCAUCACCGAUCUAUCGGCUGCCUCGAAGCGGGUGGAGGAGAUCGACGGCGCCGUGGAUACCUUCCGCCGUCAGGGUCACUCUCAGCUGGACAAGAUCAUUGCCCGCCAGCGCCAGAUCCAUCAGAUCUGGCAGCGUCUCAACAAUGCCAAGGCCCAGCGCGAGAAGAGCUUGGAGGGAGCCUCCAGUGUGGAGCUCUUCAACCGCACCUGCGACGAGGCCAAGGUCUGGAUGAGCGAGAAGAUGUUGCAGCUGGACACGGCCGUCAUCACGCCCGAUCUGAGGACAGUCCAAGCUCUCCAGCGUCGCCACCAGAACCUCGAGCGGGAACUGGCUCCAGUAGAGGAUAAGGUGAACCGGGUGACUUACCUGGGCAACUCCGUGAAGAAUGCCUAUCCCGCGGAGAAGGACAACGUAAAUGCACGCCAGCAGGAGGUCCAGGACAUGUGGCAGCAGGUCCAACAGCGUGGCAAUGACCUACGCAAUCGCAUCGAGAGUGAGGUCGGCCAGCAGAUCUUCAACAACAGUGCCAAGGUCCUCCUGGCCUGGAUUGAUUCCGUCAAGGAUCAACUGAAUGCCGAUGAGUCGGCCCGCGACGUUGAGACGGCCAACAAUCUGCUGAAGAAGCACAAUGAUCUGGGUGAUGAUAUCCGAGCCCACGACACCGAAUUCGUCGAGGUCAUCCAGUUGGGCAAGCAGUUGUCCGACGGCAAGCCCAAUAUGGCGGAGACGGUGGCUCUUAUUGAGCGCCUUAAGGCCGAGCAGGAUGCCAUUCACCGCGGCUGGGCCGAGAAGCAGAAAUGGCUGCUGCAGUGCGUCGAGUUGCAAAUGUUCAACCGCGAAGCUGACAAAAUAGAUGCCACCACCAAGAGUCACGAGGCCUUCCUGGAGUACAACAACCUGGGGUCCUCUCUAGACGAGGUGGAGGCCAUACUGAAGCGUCACUUGGACUUUGAGAAGAGUCUAAUGGCCCAGGACAAGAUCCUCAAGGGCUUCUCGGACAAUGCAGACAAGCUGGUUGCCAACGAUCACUACGAUUCAAAAUACAUCGGAGAUCGCCGCCAGCAAGUGCUGGGCAAGCGCAAAGCUGUCCGAGAUCGCGCCUUUGAACGCAAGCGCCUCCUGCAGGCCUCCAAGGACUUCCACAAGUUCGCCGCCGAGGCCGAUGACCUCAAGGUCUGGCUUCAGGACAAGACGCGAAUUGCCGGCGACGAGAACUACCGGGAUCUGAGCAACCUGCCACGCAAGCUCCAGAAGCAUCAGGCCUUUGAGCGCGAACUGCGUGCAAACGAGGGUCAGCUGCGCAACGUCACCAAGGAUGGACAGGCUUUGGUCCAGGCCGGCAACCGAGUACCCGAGGUGGAGGCCCGCGUGGCGGAUCUCAACAAGCGCUGGAAGGAGCUGUUGACACUCUCCGAAGACAAGGGUCGCAAGCUGGAGCAGGCUGCCUCGCAACGCGAGCAUAACCGUGCCCUGGAGGAUGCCAAGAAGAAGGUGGACGAACUGGACGCAGCCCUGCGCAGCGGAGAUGUGGGCAACGAUCUACGCAGCUGCAAGGAUCUGAUUAACAAGCAGCAGAUCCUGGAGUCCGAGAUCACCAUCUGGGACCAGAAGGUGGCCGAGUUGGUGUCCACCGGCGACGACAUGGCCCACGAGGGUCACUUUAAUGCAAGGAACAUUGAGGCUGGCACCAAGGAGCUGCAACAACGCUUCAAGGACCUGCGGGAUCCCACCCAGCGCCGGCGAGCCAAGCUGGAGGAGAGCCUCAACUACCACAAGUUUGUGUUCGAGUUGGAUGCCGAGUUCCAGUGGAUCAAUGACCACCUGCCGGCGGCCAAGUCCAACGAACUGGGCCAGAAUUUGCACCAGGCCCAGUCCCUGCACAAGAAGCACAAGAAGCUGGAGGCGGAGAUCAAGGGCCAUCAGCCCAUGAUCAAUAAGGCUCUGCAGGCGGGUCAGUCUCUGGUCUCGCAGCAGCAUCCGGAGCGGGAGCAGGUGGAGAACCUGUGCCAGCAGCUGGAGCAGGCCUGGCAGGAUUUGGAGCGCCACUGCAACGAGCGUUCGCGCAAGCUGGACAUGUCCCUAAAAGCCCAGCAGUAUCUGUUCGACGCCGGCGAGAUCGAGUCCUGGCUGGGUGAGCGCAACAAUGCCUUGCGUUCCACGGAGUACGGCCGUGACCGCGACUCUGCGGCCAAGCUGCUCACCAAGCACAAGACCAUCGAGUUGGAGCUGGACACCUACUCGGGCAUUGUCACCGAAAUGGGACACAGCUGCGCCGCCAUGGUGGCUGCCCAUCAUCCGGACAGCAAGGUGCUGGCCGCAAAGCAGCAGCUCAUCGAGAAGAUGCUCAAGUCUCUGCACAAGCUAGCCUCCCAGCGCCAGGUGCGUCUCAUGGAGAGCCUGUACAAGCAUGAGUACUUCCUGGAGUCUGACGAGGUGGAGCAAUGGAUCCGUGAGCAGGAGCAGGCUGCCUCUUCCGAGGACUAUGGCCAGGACUUUGAGCAUUUGCAGUUGCUGCAAAAUAAGUUUGAUGACCUCAAGCAUCGCGUGGAGGUGGGAGCAGAUCGGGUGGAUCAGUGCGAGCUGCUGGCCAAGAAGUUGAUUGAUUCGGAGAGUCCCUAUGCCAACGAGGUGGAGAGGCGACAGGAGCAACUGAGAACUUCCUGGGAGAACCUUCUGCAGCUGCUGAACCAGCGCGAGCAGAAGCUCCAUGCCGCCGGCGAGAUUCACCGCUUCCAUCGGGACGUGGCCGAGGCCCUGUUCCGGAUUCAGGACAAGAAUGCUGCUCUGUCAAACGAACUGGGCAAGGAUCUGAACUCUGCUUUGGCUUUGCUGCGCAAGCACGAGGGCUUUGAGAACGAUCUGGUGGCCCUGGAGGCCCAACUCCAGGUGCUGGUAGAGGACUCUGUGCGCCUGCAGGCCAAGUAUCCUUCGAAUGCCACGGCAAUUGCCCAGCAGCAGGACAAGGUGGUGGCUGCCUGGAAUGACCUUAAAGAGAGGUCCACUGCUCGCGGUGAUCGUCUGGCUGCCAGCUCUGAUCUGCAAACCUUCCUCACCGAUGUCCGGGACAUUGUCUCCUGGUCCUCCAACCUGCGGGCUGCCCUCCAGGCCGAGGAGCAUGUCAGCGAUGCUGCAGGAGCCACGGCUCUGAAGAUUCAACACGAUGCCAUCUAUGGAGAGAUUGAGGCCAGGGAAGACAAGUUCCGCUACCUCAACGAACUGAGCGACUCUAUGGUCCAGACUGGUCACUAUGCCGCCGCCGAUGUGGAGGAGAAGUGCGCCGCCAUGCUGGACGAGCGCCAGAAGCUGCAUGCCGCCUGGAACAAGAAGAAGAUCAUGCUGGAGCAGAAGAUCGAUCUGUUCUGCUUCCUGCGGGAUGCCAAGCAAAUAGACAAUCUCUCCAGCUCCCAGCAAGCGGCCUUGAGCAGCUCCGACUUUGGCCAGACCGUGGAGGAUGUCCAGAACCAGAUCAGGAAGCAUGACGAGUUCGAGCGGUUGAUCCAGACGCAGGAGGAGAAGGUGGCUCUGCUGCAGGAACACGGCCGCAAGCUGAUCGAGCAGCGUCACUAUGAUAGCGCCAAUAUCCAGACCAUCCUUCAGGGCGUCCUGGGACGCCGCCAGAAGGUCAAGGAUCUGUGCGCCGUGCGUCGCUACAAGUUGGAAGAUGCCCUGCUGUACGCCAAGUUCGUUAGGGAUUGUGCCGAGGCAGAGUCCUGGAUCAGCGAGAAGCAGAAGAAGCUGGAGGCCGAUGCCGCUAGCUAUGCCGAGGUGGCCAAUCUGGACGAGAAGAUCAAGAAGCUGCAGAAGCACCAGGCCUUCCAGGCCGAGGUUGCCGCCAACCAGGGUCGCAUUCAGGAGAUUCAAGACACCGGCGUGAUCCUCCUUAGCAAACAGCAUGAAUCCUCGCCCGAGAUCAAGCUGGCCAUCGAGAGAGUGCUGCAGGCCUGGCAAGGACUCCUGGCUGAGCUGGAGCAGCGAGGUCGGGGUCUGGAGGAGGCGCAGGACAGUCUGGAGUUCAACAGCCAGCUGGACAAGAUCGAGGCCUGGAUACGCGACAAGGAGAUGAUGGUGCAGGCCAGUGACACGGGCCGCGAUCUGGAGCAUUGCAACGCCCUCAUGCGGAAGCUGGACGACGUGGACUCGGACAUGCGAGUGGACGACCAACGCGUGAAGCACAUCAACCAGCUGGCCGACAAGCUGAUGAACCAGGCCCAACUCCCAGCCGAUAGCCAGAGUGUGGACAAGCGGCGCAAGGACUUUAACUACAACUGGCGGCAGCUCCAAGGAGCACUUAAUGCCUACCGUGCCCUGCUGGGCGGUGCCAACGAGAUCCAUGUCUUCAAUCGCGAUGUGGACGACACGGCGGAGAGAAUUGCCGAGAAAUCUCUUGCCAUGAGCUCCACGGACACGGGAAGGGAUCUGGCUGCAGUCGAGGCUUUGAUACGACGCGAGGAGGCCUUGGAAAGAGAUAUGUCAGCCGUCAAGCAGAAGAUUGAUCAUCACGAAACGGCUGCCGAGUUCCUGAUCAAAAAAUAUCCAGAACGUGGCGCUGUGCACAUUGAAAGGAAGUUGGAGGAACUGCACAAGUCUUGGGGUAAUCUGCAGGCCUUGUCCGUCAAGCGGCAGAGCAUCCUGAACGAGGCCUACUUGGCCCACAAGUUCGUGUCGGACGUAAAGGAGCUGGAGCUCUGGGUGAACGACAUGGUCAAGAAGAUGAACAAUGCCCAGGCUCCGUCCACGAUCAAUGAUUGCGAGACGCAGCUGGAGCUGCACCAGGAGCGCAAGGUGGAGAUCGAGGGCAGGGAGGAGGCCUUUGCUGGACUCAAGAAGCAAGGUGACCUGCUAUCCACGCGACCACAGCAACAGCAGCCGGAGAAUGUGCGCAGGUACCUCCUGGUUCUAGAGGAGCUGCAUCAGACCCUGAACGAGGCUUGGACCGAGAGGGCUAGGGAUCUCACCGAAGCCCAUCAGCUGCAGCUGUUCAAGGCUCAAGUAGAGCAAGUGGAACUGUGGCUGGCCAACAAGGAGGCCUUCCUCAACAACGACGAUCUGGGUGAUUCCUACACAGCGGUGGAGCGUCUCCUCAAGAAGCAUGAUGCCUUCGAGAAGCUGCUGCAUGCCGAUCAUGUGGAUACACUGCAAAAGUUCGCCAAUAGCAUACUGGAGGGUGAGCCCAAGGAUGCGGAUUUGAUCCGCGAGAAGCUGGCCUACAUCCUAAGGAGGAAGCAGAAGCUGCUGGAACUUUCAGAGGAGCGCAAGCAGCGCCUAUUGCAGUCCCUUCAGCUACAGGAGUUCCUGCGCAGUCUCUACGAGAUCGAUCGCUGGCUGGUGCAGAAGCUCCAGGUGGCUCUGGACGAGAACUACCGGGAGCCAAGCAAUCUCCAAAGCAAAAUCCAGAAGCAUGCCGCCUUUGAUGCAGAGCUGCUGAGCAACUCCCCGCGUGUCCAGUCGGUUAUCCAUGAGGGCGAACGCCUCAUCCGCGGCGAGCACUUUGCCCGCGACGAGAUCGCCCAGCAGGUGCAGCUCCUCGAGGGGGAUUGGCACAAGCUGAAGGCUGCCUCCCAGACCAAGAAGGACAAGCUGCAGCAGGCCUACGAGGCCCUGGCCUUUAGCCGCAGUCUGGACGAGUUCAACAACUGGAUGGACGAGGUGGAGCUGCAGCUGAGCAGCGAGGAUUAUGGCAAGGAUUUGGCAGCGGUCAGCAAUCUGCUGAAGAAGCAUGAGCGCCUGGAGGCCGAUGUGGCCCAUCAUGGUGAGCUGGCCGAUCAGCUGAAACAGAAGGAUGAGCUGUUCUUCCAAGCGGAUCACUUCCUGCGCCAUGAAAUCCAUGAACGCGCCACAGCCAGCAUACGUAGGUACAACACCCUGCACGAGCCUCUGGGCAUACGCAGGGAGAACCUCGAGGACUCCCUGAGUCUGCAGCAGUUCCUCCGCGAUGCCGAGGACGAGCUGCAGUGGCUGGCGGAGAAACAGCUGGUGGCGGGAUCGCAAGACCUUGGCACUAGUCUCCUGUCCGUGCAAGGCCUCCAAAAGAAGCACAACUCUCUGGAGGCGGAGCUCACCUCCCAGGAGCCCUUGAUUCAGGCGCUUCUCCAGCGAGGUCAGCAGAUGAUCCGCGACAAUCAUUUUGCCAGCGAGCAGAUCCAGUACAAGUCGGAGCUGCUCCAAAAGCAACUUGUCCAGCUGAGGGACUUGGCCGCCAUUCGACGACUGCGUCUCCUGGACGCCGUGGAGAGUCAACUGUUUUACGUGGAGGCCAACGAGGCGGAUGCCUGGAUGCGAGAGAAGCGUCCAGUGCUGGCCAGCAGCGACUAUGGCCGGGAUGAGGUCUCCGUGCAGGGUCACCAGAAGAAGCUGGAAGUCCUGCAGCGUGAACUCACUGCCUUCAAGCCCUCCAUCGAAAAGGUGGCUAAGUUGGCCACUGGGCUGAUCGAGAGGAAUCACUUUGACAGCGCCAACAUUGCGGAAAAGAACGGUCAGGUGGGUCAGCAGUACGAGGACCUGCUCCGCCUGGCCAAGGAGCGCGAGCUGCGCCUUGGCGAGUGCAAGAAGCUGUUUGAGUAUCUGCGGGAAACGGAGGAGCUGCACGAGUGGGUGGGCGAUCAGAUGACCGUGACAGCCAGCGAGGAUUACGGCGAGGAUGUGGAGCAUGUAGAGCAGCUCAUCCUGGCCUUUGAGUCCUUUGUUUCCAACCUGAAUGCCAAUGAGGCACGCGUGGAGGCCUGCCUGGAGCGUGGCGACCGCCUCAUUCAAGAGAACAAUCCCUACAGGAGCUCUAUCAAGUCCAAGCGGGAUGAAACCAAGCAGCUGUGGGAGGAGCUCAAGGAUCUGGUGCACGCUCGCCAGGAUGCCCUGGCGGGGGCCAAGCAGGUCCAUGUCUACGACCGUGUGGCCGAUGAAACCAUCCAGCUGAUCAACGAAAAGGAUGCCUCACUCAUCUCCGAGGACUAUGGCCAGGAUCUGGAGAGCAUUCAGGCUCUGGGCAGGAAGCACCAGGUGUUUGAGUCCGAACUGGUGGCCAUCCAGGGCCAGGUGGACUCUGUCUUGGCCGAGGCGGUCAAGCUGGGCGAGAUCUACCCAGAUGCCAAGGAGCACAUCGAGGUGAAGCGGGAUGAGACUGUGGAGGCAUGGACGGAUCUGAGGGAGAAGACGGGAGCCAGGAAGAGCAAGCUCAGCCAAGCGGAGCAGUUGCAAUCCUACUUCGACGAAUAUCGCGACUUGAUAGCCUGGAUCAAUGAAAUGCUGGCCAAGAUCACGGCCCCCGAACUGGCCACCAGCGUGGCAGGAGCCGAGCUCCUCUUAGCCAGUACCAAGGACCACGACACGGAGAUCCGUGCCAGGGAUGAAACCUUCGCCAAGUUUGCAGCCAAUGGCCAGCAGUUGAUUCAGGAGAAGCACUUCCUCGCCCACGAGGUGGAGGACAAGAUCAAGGUCCUGCAGGCGCGUCACGAACUGCUGAAGCACACGCUCAACAAGCGCCGCGAGAUCUACGAACUCAACUUGGACACGCAGCUCUUCCUUAAGGAUGCCGAGAUCCUGGAGCAAUGGAUUAGCAGCCGCGAGCCUCAGCUCAAGGAUGCCAAGCUGGGCGACUCGAUACCACAGGUAGAGGAUCUAUUGCGCCGGCACGAGGACUUUGAGAAGACGGUGGCCGCCCAGGAGGAGAAGUUCCAGGCCAUCAAGCGGAUCACGCUGCUGGAGCAGCUCUUCCGUCAGCAGCUGGAGCAGGAGAAGAUCAGCAAGCGGCAGGAGAAGGAGCGCUUGGAGAAGGAGCGCCUGGAGCAGAUCAAGCAGCGGGAACUGCAGCGCCUGGCGGAUGAGCGGCGGCGAGCGGAAAAACAGCAGGAACAUCGCCAGAAUGCUGCAUCGCAGGAGAAGACCCCCAUCUUCUCCUCGCCCAUGGUAACCCCAGCCCAGACCGCUGGCCCCGGAACCCAAUCGCCCUCGGUGGGUCAGGCCCAGUUGAGGCCACAAUUCAGCGAUGAGAACGAGCACUUGGCCCUGCAGAAGAGCAGCUCCAGCGGCAUGUUUGGUGAUCGCCUGCGUCGCGGCUCCGCGGAUGCAAAUGUAAAACGAGCGGAGAGCAUGAAGGUGCAGCCAAAGCAGGCCAAGAGGACACCCUCGUUUACCACCAGGCGGCGGGCUCAGUCCUUCAGGAAGAACCAAAAGGGCGAAGGAUUCGAUCUACCGCCCGUAGAGAUCCAGGGAAGUCUGGAGCGCAAGCAUGGACUGCAGUCGGGAGGCAAGAAGGCGCCUGUGCGGUCAUGGAAGCAGUUCCACACCGUGCUCUGUGGCCAGUUGGUGUGCUUCUUCAAGGACGAGAACGAUUUCCUGCAGCAGAAAACAGCCACGGCGCCGGUCAACAUCCUGGGAGCCAAGUGCGAGCGGGCGGAGGAUUACACCAAGAAGAAGUACGUCUUCCGGCUGAAGCUGCCCGAUGGCUCCGAGUUCCUGUUUGAGGCUCCAUCUUUGGACAUUCUCAACGACUGGGUGCGCAAGAUAUCCUUCCAUGCCAGUCUGCCGCCGAACCUACAGCUGCUCAGCUACGACGAGUCCAUGAAGCAACAGUCGAGCAGCUCGCCUGACAUUAAGGUUACCAGCAGCGUGGAGUCGCCAGUCAGCUCCCGCAACUCCUCGCCCGAUUCCCAGCGUCGCACGAGUGGUGGACAGGUACUGGAUGGCACAGCUACUCCCCAAAUGGCCUUCCUGCAAAGACAGAUGCAGCAGCAGCAGCAGCAACAACAGCAGCAGCAGCAAUCCCAGCCCAGUUCCCCCAGCUCUGGAUUCGACCAGAAGCCACCCAUUCCGCCCAGAGGAGCGCCACCGGUGGCCAGCAGUCGCCAGAGCCAGGAGAAUCUAGUUGUGCUACGCAAUCGCCAGAGUUCCAGCAAUGAUCUGACGGACGGACGCUCUGCCACCUUGCCCGCCGGCGGUGCCAGCGGUGUGCAGCAGAACGGGAACAGCUUUAAGGAUGACAGUGCGGUGCUGACACGCAACAGCGAGGCCAGACAAUCGGAUAAUCCGCCGCCUUUACCCACGACAAUGCCACCAGUGGGUGGCCACCAGAGGCAGCAGCCCCAGCAGUCCCAUUCCCAUCAGCAGCAGGCGCAGGUUCAGCAGCGUAUCAAUGCCUUCAAUGCGGCGGCCAGUCAGCCGGAUUACUACAACAACAACCUGACGAGACAGCAGCAACAGCAGAGGGUACCCUCCGGCAGGAUCGAUUCCACGCGCAAGUUCAUCGAAAUGGAGGCGCACAACAACAACGGCAGCAGCGGGAGGACCAGCGUAACUUACUCCAGCAGCGGGGCCAGCAGCAAUGGCAAUGGUAAUGUGAAGCAAGGCUCCAUCAUCACCACCACCACCACCACAACCACCUCAAGUACCACCCACCAAGUGACCUCGAGCAGUCGCACGGUGUGGCAUUUAACCAGCUCGCCCACCUCAUCGACCAAAUCAUCAUCCGGUGGCUCCGCGGAGCCUAACAAUGCCAUCAGUAAUCCAAGCUAUAUGGGUCUGCAUCUGAAUAACAAUAACGAAUCAAAUGAAAUUGGAAACGGAAUCGGUGGUUGGGGCACCACCCGCUUUGAGAGCAACCGACCCGUCUCCCUGCAGCCCGACUCAAUCAGCUUCUCGCGCGUCUCCGCAGAGAGUUCCAGCGAGAGCGAGGCCCAGUCCAUAUCCUCCGUUUCGGGUGUGAAGGGAAGCAGCAGCAAGGGCACCAAGGAGGAGCGGCGCAGCGGUAUGUUCCGCAUCUUUGGACGCAAGGGAGACAAGGAGAAGGAGAAGGACAAGGAUAAGCGGCGGUCGAGUCAAGUUCCGCCGCAGUGAGAACAGAUGCAAUUUUCGGACAAUUGAUAGAAGACAGACACGAUCAACCAUCCAGGCCGAAUUGUUUUUGUAUUUUUUAUAUACAUAUAUACAUUAUAAUUAUUUAAUUGUAUGCCACACACACAGACACAACCUUAAUGCGCCAAGGGCCAACAAAUUAAAAAAGAAAACAGAAUCAGAACCGAAAAAGUUGAAAAAUUACCGUGUGUCUACUUAAAAGCUAAAGCGAUAAAUGAAAGUAUAAAAGAAAUAUAUAUAUAUAUAAAGUCAAUGUUUUAAUUGCAUUAUAAAAUGUAUGUGUAAGUUUGUUCGUUGUAUGAUUAUAUUUAAUUUUCGUAAAACAAAAAGAACCAUAAACAAUAAAUAAUAAAUAUUA